GCUAGAUAAUAUUACGUAAAUAACAAUUUCAUUUAAGAUCGAUCGAGGAUGAAUCGCUUAAUAACAUGAACGAGGGACAUGAACGAGAUUUACAGAGACUAUGAAUAGUUUGUAAACAAAACAUUUAGAAGAGAUUUAACAACAUCCUAUCUAUUUCUACUUAAGGCUUUCCCCAUGAUCUACGCCCCACCACAUUUUCUAAGAAAAUCUCCUACCCAUGCAACGUACAAGGGUUGUCGGGUAUAUAAGCGAACGAACAUCCCCUCUCGUUUUAAACGAUCUUGGUAAAUCUUCGAGCGAAGACCGUAGUAAGCACCGUAGAACUCUUCAGCAGAUCGAUUUCUCAAUGUCCAAAGUCAUUUUAUUUCGUCUUAGUGACUAUCAUCGCUUUAGAAAGUAUCAUUAGUGUUUUCAUAAGAGUACUUUCGGUGUAACCUCAGAUUAAUAAUCAUUAAGACCUCAAGGAGUGCUCUCCUCUCUAUUCUCUACGUAAAGAAAGACGAAAGACGAAAGACGAAAGACGAAUAAGGAAAGACCCGAGAGAUGGAGACCAAGAUGGAAGAUUUGGCGAACGAGAUACAACCUUUAGACUUUCGAAAUUAUUUGCCUUCUUUCGAAGGGAAAAAAGACUCCUCGUCCACGACACAUCAGCCGCUCGACUUUCGAUCCCGUUUAUCGCUACGAAGUAGUUUAAAAGAACCAUCACCAUUGGAAGAGAAAGAACCGGUUUUAGAUUUGUCGUGCAAGAAAACUCUCAUUUUGGCCACGUCCAGCGAAAAUGACGUUCGUGAAGUAACCCAAAAUAUACUAGAGUCGUCGACCGAAACGAGACUAUCUACGGACGUAGUUAAAACUAAUAGAAGAACGGAUAGCAAAAGUCUCUUCGAAGGUCGCAGUUUCAUGGUCACCCCGCCAUCGGAAUCGGAAUCGCCGAAGAAAAUCAAGUUCAAAGAAGAUAGUGGUAGUGCGUCGAUAGUGGUCGAUGACAACGUCGACAGAUAUUCUCUUUUGCCGAUUAACGUGCCGAUAGUGCCACCGAUAUUACCCACCUUGCUCACGGCAAAUUCCAACGGGAUGACAGAAAAAGUAAGGGCGAAAAUUCAAUCGCCCACUACGACGACACCGACGAUGUCGACUAACGCCGUAUCGCCGGCGGAGACUCCAAGAAAAAUACCUAGGCCUUUUAAAGCUUAUCCUCUGGCUCUCACGGUGAACACGCCGGACAUGAUUUAUAAUCAAAAUUCCAACGAAACAUACUCAGAAUUUCGAAGUCGCAUGCUCGAAAACGUUAGACGUCAGAACGAAACGACGAAUCUUAAAAUGCGCAGAUCUAACAAAAAUACAACGAUACUGCCGACGAGUACUGUGGAUGAGAAGGACGCUGCUUACUGGGAGAGAAGGAAGAAAAAUAAUGAAGCAGCUAAACGAUCGAGAGAUGCUAGGAGAGCGAAAGAAGACGAGAUCGCGAUAAGAGCAGCUUUCCUUGAACAGGAAAAUAUUAGACUCAAGUACGAAUUAGCCGCGCUAAGGAACGAAACUGCUAAGCUCAAGUGUAUGAUAUACUCGACGUAGAACUUUUUAUCGAAUUUCAUCGAAUUUUGAUACGAAAAUAGUGUCGUUUUUUACAUUCUGUUGUCCCUUCAUUUCCAACUUAUCAAGGAAAUAAUCGAUCAUUUUCUGUAUAUAUACAUAAUAUACAUAUACAUAUAUGCACACGUGUGCGUAUAUAUAUAUAUAUAUAUACAUACGUGUGUUCGCAAAAGGUUAUUCGACAAG